AUGUCAAAAGAGAACCGCGCUUUCGAUACCCAGAGAUUGGGCGCUGGCUAUGGCUUCGAGUCGCACCCAAAGCGCGUCAUUGAGAUGCCACCCACGUGGGUGCUUCUCGUAGGCUUAGGCUUUCUGCUGUGUGCAAUGGGCUUCUGGCUCUACAUCGCAUUGAACCUCUUAGCACCCACUCCGCGGCUCCCACGACGCUCAGAGAAACAGUACACGACGAUACUACCCGACGGCGCAAAGAGCGAUCCAAAGGAACUACCGUGCUGGCUGGAUAAAUGGGCGGCAGAGAAGGAGGCAGCAAAGAAGGAAGCAGCGAAAGAGCCUGGAAGUAAAGUUGUCAUACCACCACAGAUGCCUAUUGAGGAACCCGAGUUGUUCAUGAGCGUCGUAGUACCCGCAUACAACGAGGAAGAGCGCCUUGAAGGCAUGCUGGAAGAGGCCGUUGACUAUCUGGAGAGUCAAUACGGUGAUGCGCAUGCUGGUCGGAAGGGUGAAACGAGGCAGAAAGGAUGGGAGAUCCUAAUCGUCAGCGACGGGAGUACUGAUGGCACGGUCGAUAAAGCGCUGGAGUUUGCCAAGGAGCAUCAACUAAGCCAACAUCCAAAGUCGAAGCCAGGACCGUGGUCAAAGAACGGCGACGCAAAGGCACCACAUUCUACACACAUCCCACACGGCAGCAUACGCGUCAUAACACUUGAAGAGAACAGAGGCAAAGGCGGAGCAGUCACGCACGGCAUGCGACACGUUCGAGGCCAGUACAUUGUCUUCGCAGACGCAGAUGGCGCGAGUCGCUUCUCUGAUCUGGGAGCACUAGUUGAAGGUUGUCAAAGCAUAGAGGACAAGCAUGGACGUGGUGUCGCCAUCGGUUCCCGGGCUCACCUUGUCGGCAGUGAAGCCGUUGUCCAGCGCUCUAAACUCCGCAACUUCCUCAUGCACUCUUUCCAUAUCCUCCUCCGCAUCAUGACACCUCCGGCUACUGCGCGGAUCAAGGAUACACAGUGCGGCUUCAAGCUGUUCUCGCGACCGGCAUUGCCGUACAUCGUCCCGUACAUGCACUCUGAAGGCUGGAUUUUCGAUGUCGAGAUGUUGAUGCUGGCCGAGAGCGCUGAUAUCGCCAUGAUCGAGGUAGCUAUUGGUUGGAAAGAGGUCAUGGGCAGCAAACUGAAUGUCGUCUGGGAUAGUAUUGGAAUGGCGUGGGGCCUUGCCCUGUUGAGAGCUUGCUGGAUAGCAGGCAUCUACCGCAGAGAUUGA